AAAGAGGCCCAGUCAGAUAUAGGGUUUUGUAUUCUUCAUUUUGCAUAAGACUUCGAGAAAACGCAAAAAGCCGGGCUGAAAUGGCAAUUUUCUUCCUUCUCUGCACAACAAUUUUGUUGUCUUCUCUUAGUUGUAAAGGUGGGUUGUAAUUUUCCAAUCGUUAUGAAAUAUUUUUUCUACCAUGUUUAUUAAUUUACCCGAAUUUUUAAGAAUCUUAGCAAGAUUUUAUCUGAGUAGCUGCAUUCGAAGUAUGUUUUUCUCAUACUAGUUAAUCUGGGAAUUGUGCAGAGUUUGUAGUUUUUAUUUGGUCUGGAUGCUUUCUUUUAUUUUUCUUAUGAUUAUUUGUUGUAUAUUCAAAAUUUGCUAUGUUUCAACAAUUCCCGUGACGUAGUUUUUUAUUACAGUUACCUUGCUGCUCGUAAGUCAUUUGAAUCUUAAAGAUAUCUGCGAAGCUAGUGGUUCCCAGCUACCUUUGCAAGGUUAAGAAAAAAAGCAUAAAAAUUCACUAGACGUGCGUGGAUCACCAGCACAGCUAUUUCCAUGUCGUGACAGGACGCAUUGGUCAUAACGAGUACGGAUAUAACAACCUAAGUAGCUCUAAACUGAUUUUAUCGCUUGAAACGGAUUAUCACGAUUAUAGCCUCUUUAAAAAAAAAAAUCCUACGAGAUCACGGCACCUUAGCAUAAAUAAAAAAAAUGGCCGAAGUUUCAGUCUCUGUGAAACUUAGUGGACCUAAUCGCAUCUAAAUUACCAUGAUUCAUUACUCGCUACAUGCAUCCUCUUGUUUUUCCUUCAAAUAUUACAAUACGGUGUGAGGUCCCGUAUUACGAUCACGUGCACCACGCGAGCGGUGAGCGGCAAGUCCGCAGGACGCUACAAACGCCAACGGCGUCGUCAUAUAAAGGUCUUAUUUAAAAAGCGCUUUAUUUCAGUCUCCUGGAAAGCAUAAUGCUUUAACGGUCAUAAAAUACACCUCUGAGAGCGAUUUCAAAUCCCCUUGAUUCAAACAGAUUUUGCCCUCAAAAAGAAGUUCUAAGAAAUUAUCAUAUAUGGCUCGAAGCCAGUACCAUAAAUAUCACAUAAAAACCUUCCUGUCAUUUAAGAUCAGAGUGCGUUUUGUAGUUUAUAGAACAUGUUAAAACCUAUGACUCAGACUCUGACUUGAUAUCUAGUGUUACAGGCGAUAAAAUACACUAACUAAUAUCCCCUUGCGUGACUAGAUAAGUUAUUUAUUGUAUUCGUAUCAUGGUAUCCUUCUAUCGUAGGUCCGCUCAUUUUUUCUUUUAAAUAUAGCCAGUUUUUAGAAGAUAAUCUUCAAAGGAAAUUUAGCGUCGUGUCUGCAGGUACCGUCUGGAGCCGCUACAUUACUUGAUAUUAUUGUUUGGAGCCCCCAUAUCUUUAGCAGGUGUAUAACACGCCUAAUCGUCAACUGAAAAGUAAUGAGCCAUGUUUUGUGCCAUGCAUCACUUCAAAUUAGCAUGAUAAUUAGUAGGAGCAAAAUAUAUAAUUUAAACCAGUUAUAAAAUAUAUCUAGCUUUUGAUAUCAUUAUGAUGAUCAGUCAGGAAAAUUCAGGGAGCUACAAUUGUAGACUUCCCAUUCGUCGGCGACGAAACAAUUGAAAUGCUGCGGUUAAAGCUGCUGGCCCUGGCAAAUCUAAGCUCAACAGCCGAAACCUCCUACAUUAAGGUCAUACGACCUCUAAAAAUAUACUGGUUAAAGCUAGAACUUGUUAGAGUGGACGCUAAAACUCCUUCGUUGACGGAAAUACCGUAUGCACGCUUCAGUUGGACUCUUUGCGUUGAAAUGACAAUUCAUUAUAGGAUUGAAUUGGCAGACAACGUCAGCUUGGUGAUUUCCAUGGGAUUAGACCUGAACUCAAAGAAUCAGCUCUCUUCGCAAUAAAAUUAACAUGCAAGAACAAAAACGUGCCAAAUUACUUCAUAUUCGUUGCUUUCGGCAUCUCAAUAAAAUAACUGUCAUCUAAAUUCAUGUUUUACGAAAUCCUCUGUGUUGUCCACACUCGCCCUUGCGUAUAACGAAACAAAACUAAAGAAACGUCUUGUAGUUCCACGCUUCUUUUUUUGCAGGCACAACUGUUUAAUGCCCCAUUUUUAUUCACGCCGGCAAAGCUUAAAUAUAUUUUAAAAGCUGUUUAGUUAUGUAUAGAAUUGUUUUCAUAAAAGCUGUUUACUGAUUUUUGUCAACUACAGAUUUAGCAAAACAUACUGAAAGCACAAGUAAAAGCUUACUAGAAUCCUAUGUAAAAGCCUUGCUUAACUAAGCAUGAGUUUGGUGGUGUGAUGAAAUGGGGAUCGAGUAAAUCCAUCUAUAACCCCAUGGAAAUGUAUAUGUAUUGAACCGAAUCUUCUCCGGGGAAUGGCCGAUGACAGGUGCAUAAUGAUAUUAAAAGCCUUGUCUCGGGUCAAAUAGUGACACGAGUGACAGGAUUCUCAAAAAAUGUGUUGACAGCCGAGUUAACAUUGUUUUGCUAUGUUGUAGCAUGAUGAAAAGUCAGUUUAAACCCGUUGGAAUGUUUCCACCAAAUUGUCACAUCAUCGAAACGUCGAAGCUGUUGCACUGAUCCGCCAUCUAAACUUUAUUGAACUUGUUCAAGUGAAGUGUUUCAGUUUGUAAUGCUAUAUAUAGACAGGUUGAAAAAGAACGUUUUGACUGUUUGACCCCGCCGUUAGCAAGUGUUAAGACAAUAUUGUGGCGAACGUCUGCGGCUUAGCACGCGCUAAAACGUGUUGAAGAGGUUAAGAAUUCUUACCUUAAAAUGUUAGUUAAAGAGAAAAACAGACUACAGCAACAAAAAACACCAACUGCAACGGCAAAGUGAUAUAACGACAGCAUGUCAUCUUUAUUUCCUCUAAAAAAAAUACAGAAAAUAAAGAAACCAAACAUUAAUAUGGGUUAUGGCGAUAUAUACUCAGUACAUGUCUACGUAUGCAGCCAAAAAGCUUUCAAGUCGGCACCUGUUUCCCAGUUUAUUCGCAAAUAAACUAUAGGAAGUGAAAAACAAUUUUAUCAUUUUGUCAAAGUACAUUUUAUAACUUGUUUUACAUUAAGCAAGGCCAAGAUAUAAUACAAAGUAUACCAGAAAAAAAUAAUUAAUUUUUUAAAUAACUCCCCUUAUUUCUUAAGUUACAGUCAACUUAAAAGUUUAAACACGGUGGAUGGUUUGCUUGAGGAGUCAGCUUUCUAAUUAGUAAAACAAUACGGAGCACCCGGGAAAGAUGAUCACGGUGUCCCUGACGAAGUGAAUUGAAGUACCCGGCUAUCGAUGAUAUUCUGUGCCCUAAAGCUAGUCAGGUAUUUGAAAUUGGUCCAUCGUUAUAUGAGCUGCAUCACAAAGACGAGCUGUUGGCCCUGGCCCUUAGUCACAACAGCCUGACGGGGAGGGGCUGGGGGUACUACUCAUCUGUCCACUCCUGAGAGGGGGAAAUUAACACCGAUAGGGAAGUUUGAAGUACCGUCCGUACGAGCUCAAUGUAAAAAGAUCUGGGUCAGACGCGCAUAAAAUGAAUUCAGAGAGUAAAUAAAUAAGUAAUAGCAAACGAUAACUACCUUUAUACAAUUAAACAAGAACAGGAGCGUAUCAAGAAGAACACAAAUUAUCACUUAACACUAAUUGCAUUUAUUUUAUUUGGAUUUGCAUUGCAGUGUGAUUUCAAGAGAGGUUUUACCAUAAGCAUUAUCUUUAUUUGUUCAAUCUGUGGACAUGAUUACGUAAUACUAUGUUUCGUUUUGUACAGUUCAUUGUAAAUGCGCAAAGUUGACUAAACCACAUAGUGACCAAGCCACAUCAAUCGUUUCGAAGAUAUAUAGACCGUCUACAAUGAUUUACAUCGUAAUUUUAUUUAUUUGCAUACAAUUUUGAUUCUAAUAAUUUCCAAAAUAUGCUUUGACUCGCUCAUGAUCCGCUUAAUCUAGAUAAGAGCUUGAGUAGCUGCAUGGAUUAUUCUUUAUGAUCCGGGUGGCGCAUCCGUAAUCGAACAGCAUGUGCGGUAAAUGAGUAGAUUUUAACUCUGCAUUGUGGAAAGCUAAUCUGGAAGAAACACAAGGUAAUCCAUUGGCAACGUAAUACUAGGUAUAUCAAGGUAACCAGUAUACCGCAGUUCAAAAUCGACUGGAAGUACAUACAUACAUACUUUAUUGCAUAGCUCCCCCUUGGGGACUCUUCCGCCAUACAUACACGAAUUAAAAUAAAAUAAAAUAAAGUAGAAAACUAUUUACAUUUCGAUGAUAAAAUAACGAAUUUCUAUAAAUAAUAAUGAUAGUAAUAGAACAUUAAUUUUAAAGACUAUUUACAUUUCGAUAAUAAAAAACUACCUAUGAAUUAAAAAGAUAUUGAAAAAUUCUCUUUUUAAAAACGAUUAGAUUUCCCGUGUCUUUUAUACCUUUAGCUAUGGUAUUGUACAGUUUUGCUCCACGGUAGGUGAAAGUCUUUCGGCCAGUGGCCAGCCUAUACCGAGGCAACGUAAGGUCAUUAUUCUGUCUAGCGACUCUUUGGUUAGUUUUUGCACGAUAUUGAAAGCGUCCGUGAAGGUAAUCAGGUGUUAGGUUCUUUAAGCAUUUGUACACCAUCACUAGGUCGUUAAAAAGCGGUUUAUCCCUUACGCUAAGCCAUUUAAGGGACUUCAGGGUUUCUGAAACAUGAUCGUACUUUCUUAAACCGCAGCUACGAUUCUGCAAGCAUAGCUCUGAACUAGCUGAAGUUUCCUAACGUUCUUUUUGCUCGUGCUUCUCCAUACCGUCGAACAAUAAAAUAAUUUGCUGAAAACGAAAGCAUUUAUAUAUAAGAGAGAUCAAUGUUUUUUUAUCUAAGAGAUGCUUUGUCCUAUUAACUCUCGUUAGUUUAAACAAACAGUCAGAGGCAGUUUUAAUGAUAUGUUCGUUAAAGUUAAGAUGACCAUCUAUAUACACUCCCAGGUCCUUUGCAACUGUUACAGGCUUGAUUUGAGUUCCCAGCAUUGUCGCACUUGGUAAGGGGGUAGGUAAUGUCCUCAUGAGUUGUGGGACGCCCACAUAAAGAAGCUUUGGUUUGUCAGGCUUAAUGGGCAGCGAAUUUCUACAGUACCAAAUCGAUAUUUCUUUAAGAUCUUCGUUUACUGCAGAGAUAACGUCGACAAGUUCGCUGCAGGGGAACCCAAGGAAGAGCGAUAGCCGAGUGGUUCGCAAUGUUUUGGAACUCGAAAGAGGUCGUUUACAUACAAUGUAAACAACACCGGGCCCAUGAUGGAUCCUUGCGAUACCCCAACCGUAAGGGGUAAGGGUUCACACUGUUUACUAAGGUCCCGUUUAUGAGGAGAAAGUCCAUCUGUCCAGGGAAGAAGAGUCACCUUCCAAUCCGAGACAACUUUAGGGAGCGUCUAUAAAGCGAUUUUCGAAUGACUUUGAAAAAUGAUUUCGGUAAGUGUUCAAUAGUUGUUUUAUCGGCCAAUGGGUGAAACGAUCAAAACAUGGACUCUUCGUUUUCCCGCCAAAGAAAACCCUAAUGUGGCGAAGGCAUUGUUGGCAUUGCUGGCCAAUCGUGUUACAGUAUUACGUCAAGGCGAAGUAUAGGUUGAUUUCGGGCAUGAAGUUUUACACACGAGCGUUGGCUUAAAAAAUCAAAAGCCACGCGCGCGCGUUUGUAUCCGUUCGAUAAACCAAUCAAAUCGCUCUAUUUCCGUUUGUUUGUCGUUUCUGUUUUGUUCGCGCGUUUUCAUUUCAUGUAAUACGAAAAUCUCUCUAUCAGAAAAAAGUUCGGCCCCCUUUGCCCGGAGCCAAUGCUCGCGCAUGCUCUUAUUGUCUCGCCUUAACCGAGUUGGCGAGCCAGAGUAUGACCCUCAAGGUGUGACAUAAUAGAGUGACCCACUUAGCCGGGUCACCCUCCUAGCCAAGCCACCUUUUUGUUUCUCAUGUUAGUGGGUCACCUCGUUUUGUAGUGAAACGUGUGAAAAGUUGGCUUGCCCAGGGUAGCCCGGGCAGGUGGGUGACCCUUCUAGCAGGACAACUGUUCUCCAUAUAAACGGGGCAUAACAAGACUUUUCCUGUCCCUUUUUUCUAGCUGUCAGACUUCUCGAACCUUAUCCAAACAACACAUUCUCAAUAGCAGGAUCAGAACUCUCCUCAACGUGCGUUUUCGAAGGUGAUAAUGGAAACCCGCCUGAGAGAGUCAAGUUUCAGAGGAAGCAAGGUCCGUUUUGGUUAGAUAUUCCUGACAAUGACAGAGUCUAUCAGACGAACAAGACAGCGGGUAAGACCUAUGAGUUAUGAUCUUAGCUUCGUAAAUAUUACGAUUAUUUGUAACCUGUAUUGCUGGAGGGAAGCGAUGAGACCAUCGUCAAAGUGGGUGCCAGCGAAAAAAGUUGAAGUUUCAUCAUCAUCAUCAUCAUCAUCGUCGUCGUCGUUAAUUGAUUCAAAGUCAUCAUUAUUUUCCUCAUUCUUGACUGGCUUUUUUAUCAUCACUUUUAUCGCUAACCAGGGAAGACUUGUUUGCUCUCCACGAACAAAAGCCAAAGUGAGUAAGAUUGGUCGGGAGUAUGUCUCAGUCCAUGCUAUGAUGCACGUAAAAGGACCGUGCGCAAUAUCUGUCUGAUAAAAUUCUUCGUUUCGUCAUGAGAUAGAGUCAACACUUUAAGAUUAGCCUCAGGAAAUCACUUAGCUAAGAAACUAUGAGAUCCUUAUUGGCUGUAAAUCAUCAACUUGCCUCAAGGUUAUUGCGCUUGAUAAGAACACGUAAAGAAAACCCUUAGUUUGUCUCCGGGCAUCCUCCAUGACCAGAUGCAUCCAUCUAUGUUCACAGCGGAAAAAAAAAGUUUAAACACUAUACUAUAGCUAAGUUUCGAAUUUUCCAAUUGAAGAGAAAACUGAUUUCUGAUUGGCGUCAAUGUUGCUUUGUCCUGACCUCAGUAUUACAGUCAACUUGACAGUUCUCGUCGUACCGGUUAAAUGUUAUAAACACCAUGCAGACAGCAGCCAAAUUUCCCGCAAAAAUGAAUUACAGUUGUGGACUUCUGACUAAAAUAAAUUCUCGCCAUGGUCUCCCGCUAUCUGGGACACAAAUAAUUGCCGUCAACUUACGGUGUGCUAAAAAAGUGAGUUGACUCUGCAAGCUUUCGCUCUCUCUCCACCGAAGAAACCCAGCAUCUAUCUACACUACAGAAACCUUACAUGACCAUAGUGCAUGCGGUACCCUACUUAAAUCCCACACUGACUGAUCGAGAUCGCAGACCAAACCUUACAGGGGUCUAGUGUUAAGGACAACAGCAACUGGCUUCCUGCAGUUUCUUAAUUGUCGUUCAUUUAUUUCGAUUUUUCAUUGUUAUUUGACCAGGUGAUAAAGCAACUGUUACGUUAAACUUUAAAAAUGUAACAGUACAAGAUGAUUUACAGUUCGGAAGAUACUCCUGCGUUGGUUUCCCUCGAGGAGUUGGCCUGCACAGAAUUGGAUUCGCAAUAAGAGUCACACCAAGUAAGUUAACAGCGAUGUUCAUAAACAGAAAUGGUCUGGAUAAAUAAGGCUUUAAACUGACAGUUAAUAAGUGGUUGAGCUGUCCGCAAUACGACUGCAAUGGCGGAUCCAGGGAGGGGCCCGGACUUCCUCCCCCCCCCCCCUCCCCCACCUCCCCCCGUCAGUUUAGACCAAACGGAGGCCCGAAGGGCCGAGAAAAAUUCUUUUUGCCACCAUUAUAACAAUAAUAGUAAUAAUAAUAAUGAUAAUGAUAAUGAUAAUGAUAAUGAUAAUGAUAAUGAUAAUGAUAAUGAUAAUGAUAAUGAUAAUGAUAAUGAUAAUGAUAAUAAUAAUAGUAAACUUUCUUUGUGUAGCGUCUAUAUCAUUAACUGUUCUAGGCGCUUUACAAAAAUGUAUAAAAACGCUAAAAAAUCUAACAACUACAGAAUAAAAAUCUAAUUAUAAAUUAAGAAAAAGAUUGGUGAAAUAAAUGUCUUUAAGUGUUUUUUGAAAGAAUUCAAGGAAUCGGCUUUUCUUAAAGAUUCGGGUAAGCUAUUCCAUAGUUUAGGUCCUGCGAUAGAAAAUCUUCGAUCACCGAAACACUUUAGCUUAGAUCUCGGGAACUGAAGUAACUUAUUCGAGCAAGAACGCAAAGAGUAGGAGCUGCUACAAACACUGAGCGAAUUGGAUAUAUAACUUGGUGAAAGUCUUUAUAAAGCCUUAUAUACUAACACUACGAUUUUAUAAAUAACACGGUAUUCAACAGGCAACCAAUGUACAUGUAAGUCAGGGUAUCAUCUCAGGGUCUGGAACAACUAGGCCUUCAAACAACUGGGCCCAGAACUAAAAAUCAAACAUGGAUCACCGAAGAUAAAAGCCCUCCAAUUUUAAGUUUAAUUUUAUUUUUGUCGGAGACACUAAUACUUGUUUUUUCUCAGGAGAGGACCUACCAGUUGCUCGUGUGAUACCGAAUAUGACUGUAUCAUAUGGAGACAUGGCGAGACUCUAUUGCAAUCUUACCCACAAAAAUAACGAGACGACCACACCAAUAGAAAAGGUCACCUUCCUGAAAAACGGCCUACCAGUGAGACAGACCAAUGACAUAAUGCAGCCAUAUAUCUUAGCUGAUAUCGAAUCGAGGGAUGGAGGCAAUUACGGCUGCCUGAUAACAGUGUUACUUCAUUCAUUGCAACCAUACAAUAUAACACCGACUUCAACGGCUUAUCUACAUGGUGAGAGAAAGUAAACAUGCACCCAAUUCUCCCCACAAUUUCCAACUGCAUGUUUCUCUGUAUACUUUCAGAAUUACGCCACAAGUAGUAUUAAGGUGUUUUCUUAGCUUUACGAUUUUGCUUUUGUAUUGAGCCUUAUUUCUAUGCAGUGAUAGGAAGGAAGGAAGGAAGCGAGGAUUUUCCAUUAAGAUAUCAGGUUAAGUUCGCUAAAGAAACGAGUAGAAGUGUUUAUUUUAACUGAAGAAAAUAGUACGGUCACUCUCGUGAUCUGUCUUCUCUCCUGAUAUCAUCCUUUUCAGAAAAACAGGGGUAAUUGCAUCAGGCACGCAGGAAAACGGUAUGAGUUUAGUUGGAUGGAGAGUGUGUUACUGUUGUGUUGUUAGUAGCCUAGAAAGAGGGGAAGAUCUACAAUCUUGUAAAAAAUCCGUAACUUUACAAACAGUAUAGCCAUUUUACUAAGGUCCAGUUUUCCCAGUGCUUGUUCAUAAUACAUCUUCUUAUCGAUGUUUUUUUCUGCUCGACAGUGCGCAUUAGAUUCCCAUUCAAGGAGUCAAAGGUUGUCACUGAUGUUGGCGACAGCGCGGUUUUGGUGUGUAGUGCUCAAGGCUUCCCACUGAACGUUACAUGGAAAAAAAACCAGGCUGGAUCAAGCGCGGUCAUCAAACGUAAGACAAUUUAGAUAGAUAGAUAAAUAUUCUGUUUAUUUCACCCACUUGCAGCAAUAACUGAAUUGUUGGGGAAGGUCAUUGUCACAUACAAUUAAAUUAGUUUUUUUAAGUCACUGGGAUAGUAACAUAAACUGGAAGGAAAUAUUUCAAAUAUCUCUGCUGGUAAAGUUGUGACCAGUUUGUUCUACAUAACAAAAAGAGAGAGAACUUACGGAAAAAGAUUCAAAAGUGGGCGAACGAUAUAUGAAUGUUUUCUUUGUUAUUCGCUUAGCAUUUCUACAGCCUCCGCACGACUUUAAUGUACGAUGAAGAUGAGAUGGUAAAAAUACGGAAGAGUCUAAUGGUAUAACAGCAAUAAUAAGCAAUAAUUUAUAAACGUAUUUGGGAUCUCCGAGAUCAAAUAUUCCAGCUUACUAAUCAGACAAUUACGUCGCUUUCGUGCGUAGCCUCCUAAGUCUUAAUGGGCUUCUGCUAUUGAUUUGUAUGAGUUAAUAUGCACGACUGUAUUUUUCGAUAUUUUUGUUUUCAGCCAGUGGCCGGUUUAUCCUGAAAGGACAGUGUCGCUACUGUCAAUCAGUGCUCGUGAUCCAAAACGUUACCGUGGCAGAUUCUGGUGUCUACUCUUGCAGUGCUCUUGGUGAUCCGGGCCAACAUAUUUUCCUUGUGAAAGUGAGAUCAAACUCAACGGUGUUAAUCGGCGGUGAGUAAAAAUAAAACAGCGUUGUUUAUCUGGCUCAAGCCUCAUUCAAACCAGCGAGUUCAUCAUUAAUUGGCGGGGAGUUUUCCUCUGCGACAGUUUUUUCCGUGAAAAACUGUUUUGUUGCAUGGGUUGUGCAGGUGAAAAAUUAUAAUGACAUGCAAGAUCAGAUUGUGUUAAGGUAAGAUAGGAGUACCGUGUAGCGUGAUGAGACCACCUUACAAACACAGCAGCGUGUACGAUUUCAAGCCUGUUUAUUCAACAAAAUUAUAAUAAACAGAUUAAAAAAAAAUUGAAAAAGCAGACUGAAUCAGUACAAAAGGCGUUCACUUCAGUUCACUUGUUAAUCAUUGGAAUUGACGGCAGAAGAGUCUCCAUUCAACAGCAGGAAAACUGCCAAAUUGGCCAUGAUUGCGCUAGUGCGGAAUUUCUCGAAAACUGAGAGCCAAAACUAGACCGAACAAUCUAAUGCACUGUAAAAUAUAGCCGACAGAGCCCUUGUAAGGUGCUAGUACACAAAAGUGAUGCUCUGUGAGACGUGAAGAAACUUAUUAAAACAUAUGAAAACCGUGCGUUAUAAAACCAAAACGCCGCAAUCCGUAAAACUAACCCGGCAGGUCUGCUCAACAGUCCUGAAGUCCCCCGCCCGUCAGUGUCGAUGACUAGAAUAAACUGAACUUAGGGACCACUUUUUAAUUUAUUUUGUAAACAUCGCGAUAAAUUAGCCUUCGUCGCAGAGCAUCCUUGCGUAUUCUGUAGUUACCUUUCGGGUGUCGAGUUCGGCUGCAAUGCGCACGCAGGUUACGAUGAAUUUGCAACGAGAGCAUUAUCGUGGGAAUUACUUUUCCCGCAUUUUUUGUAACCAUGACAAUCAAUAUUGUUAUUUCUUUUUACUUUCAGUGGCAACGGCGACUACCGCCACUCGCUACGUGACAGCAAUUUUCCCAGCAUUCUUCUGGAUUUGGUGGCCUUUUUAGUCAAGGUGCCCAUUCAAGUCAGGAUGACAUUAAUGCUUCGUUAUUACGAAAAUGCUAGGAUCGGAUAAUAGCCAUGAUAGUGAUAAAGAUAAUGAUAAUGAUAAUGAUAAUAAAAAUGAUAACGAUAACGAUAACGAUAACGAUAACGAUAACGAUAAACGAUAACGAUAAUGAUAACGAUAAUGAUAGCGAUAAUGAUAACGAUAAUGAUAAUGAUAAUGAUAACGAUAAUGAUAACGAUAACGAUAACGAAAAUGAUAACGAUAACGAUAGCGAUAAUGAUAAUGAUAAUGAUAAUAAUAAAACCAUAUUACAAAGCUAAAAUUAAUAAAAUACACUGUCAAUUUUGGUUCACCCCUCGCCUAUUUGCGGCAGCUAAUCAGUCAACUAGAUAAUACCCAGUAGAGCAAAUUCAACAGAAAUUCUACUCGGCGUAAAUACAUUUUGCCAAUAACAAUAAUACAUAAGUAUUCAUAGACAGGUUCCUCUGCGAACUGAAGAAAAAGUCUCAAGCUUAUAGUGUCAAAUAGACCUUGGGUUUGGAGAGCUAAGGAU